ACACUUCUUUUAAUGUAGAACAUUUAACCAAAUGGUUGAUUUAGCUUAGGUUAGGGUUAAUUUUAUUUUUUUAUUGCUGCACUAACUUGUGAGCUUGACCUUCUUAACCUCUCUUAAUUUUGUUUAAUCAACUGGUAAUCUGAAAAACCCCCAUCCCCAAAAAUCCGAACUCCAAUCCCAACACCCCUUGUCCCUUCCUCUCUUUGGAUUCUUUCCCUCACACCACAUCACUCCAAAAUACCAAAAUAAAAAAUAAAAAAAUGGGAAUAAAAUAAACAAUUAACAAGCACUGAACGACGCCGUUUCUAUUGUCCUGAGAACCGAAUCCCCCACACUGUCCCCUUCCGCUUUUUUCUCAUUAUUCUUUCCCAAUCCAACGCAGAAAGAACACGACAGACAGACACAGCACAGCCUCGAAACUGAAUAGCGAACAUGGGCUGCACCCAGUCGAAGAUCGAGAACGAAGAAGCAGUGUCCCGAUGCAAAGAGCGGAAGCAGUUCAUGAAGGAAUCGGUGACGUCUCGCAACGCCUUCGCGGCGGCCCACUCCUCCUACGCCAUCUACCUCAAGAACACCGGCGCCGCCUUAAGCGACUACGCCCAGGGCGAAAUCGUGGCCCCCCACCCGGCCCAUAUCCCGGCCCACCAGCCCAAUUUAGCCUCCGUCGCAGCCGCAGCCGCCAUCGGUGUCCCCGCCCCGCCACCUUUCGUCGACAACCUCCCCCCUCCGCCUCCGCCACUCCCCAAAUUCUCCACCUCUCCUCUCCAACGAGCCGCCAGCAUGCCGGAGAUCAAACCCGACCUGCCCAAGCCACGGACCAAGUCCAAGCCCAAGCCCAUCAUCGAGGGGGACGAGGACGAGGACGAUGAGGUGAUUGAGAGUAGCGAGAGCUUGAGGCGGAGGAGUAGGAGCAGCCGGAGCAAGAAAGGGGUUGUGGAGAACGGUGAUCACAAUUUGGAUGGUCCGCCGCCGGUGCCUUCUCCGUCUCCGUCGGUUUCGGUGGAGAGCAGGACGGUACCGCCGCUGCCGCAGCACCGCGACACGCCUUACGACUACUUUUUCUCAGUGGAGGACAUGCCGGCCCCGACGCUGGCCGACGCCGAGGAGAUUGAGCCGAAGUUGUACGAUGAGAGGCCAAAGAUAGUGGAGAAUGAGGAAGAAGAGGAGGCGUUCGAAGAAAGGCCGGAGGGAGUGGAGAAGUAUGAAGAGGAGGAGGUGGAGGUGGAGAGAAGCGCGAAAGUGGAGGAGGUGGUGGUGGCGCCGCAGCUGCCGGUGGUGGAUGAGGUGGGCGGUGGGUCCGUCGGGAAGAGCUUGAAGAAGGCCAAGGCCCCGGUGCCAAAAGGGAGUGUGAAUUUGUUGCAGAUAUUUGCAGAGCUUGAUGACCAUUUUCUCAAGGCUUCAGAGAGUGCCCAUGAUGUUUCCAAGAUGUUGGAGGCCACCAGGCUCCACUAUCACUCGAAUUUUGCUGAUAAUCGAGGGCAUAUAGAUCACUCUGCUAGAGUGAUGCGUGUUAUUACAUGGAAUCGUUCUUUUAGAGGAAUUCCAAAUGUCGAUGAUGGCAAGGAUGACUUCGACUCCGAUGAGCAUGAAACUCAUGCUACAGUCUUGGAUAAGUUGCUGGCAUGGGAGAAAAAGCUAUAUGACGAAGUCAAGGCAGGUGAGCUUAUGAAAUUUGAGUACCAAAAGAAGGUUGCCUCGCUGAACAGGCUUAAGAAACGGGGUAAUUCUGAAGCAUCGGAGAAAGCAAAAGCAGCCGUAAGUCAUCUACAUACAAGAUACAUUGUUGACAUGCAGUCUAUGGAUUCAACAGUAUCAGAGAUAAACUCUUUACGAGACGGACGGUUGUACCCAAAACUUGUUCAGCUUGUCGAGGGGAUGGCUACUAUGUGGGAAAUCAUGCGAAUUCACCAUGAGACCCAAUCAAAGAGGGUAACAGCCCUCAGGUCUUUUGACGUCUCCCAUUGUCCCAAGCAAACAAGUCAGCACCAUCAUGAGCGCACAAUCCAGCUGCUUGGUGUUGUGCAAGGGUGGCAUUCUGAGAUUGGGAAGCUUGUGGCUUAUCAAAAGGUGUACAUCAAGGCCCUCAACAAUUGGUUAAAACUCAAUCUAAUCCCUAUUGAGAGCAGCUUGAAGGAGAAAGUUUCUUCCCCACCAAGAAUUCAACGACCCCCCAUUCAGGGACUCCUCCUUGCGUGGCAGGAUCAUCUAGAGAAACUUCCAGAUGAUGUCGCAAGAACUGCUAUACAUAACUUUGGUGCUGUAAUAAGUACUAUAGUGACUCUCCAAGAGGAUGAAAUUAAAAUGAAGGACAAAUGUGAAGAAACCCGGAAAGAGCUUGCCCGCAAGACAAGACAUUUUGAAGACUGGUGCAAUAAAAAUAUGCACAAGACCAUUCCGGACGAAAUAGAUCCAGACGGGCCAGAAGGCCACACUCGAAAUGAUGUGGUUGCAGAAAAGCAGUUUGCUGUGGAAAUAGUGAAGAAGAGGUUAGAAGAGGAGGAGGAAGCCUAUGAACGGCUAUGCAUUCAGGUGAGAGAGAAGUCGAUAGCAAGUAUUAAAUCUCGCUUACCGGAACUGUUUAGGGCAUUGUCGGAUUUUGCUUCUUCGUGUUCAGAAAUGUACAGAAGCUUGAGGCCUAGAUCACCUCAUAGUCCAAGUCAGAGCUCAGCAAGAGAGUAAGUUUGUAUGUAUAAUUUGCCCAUUUGUUUUUUGUUUUCAUUUUAAUAAUUUUUGUCCUGAUUCUAGUGUCAAUUUGUAUCUAUCGGUAACUUAUAGGAUUUUGCAAUUUUCAUAUGGGACAAGCCCUGAAAAUCAUAUACGUGAAGUUGAUUUCAAUAUAUUGAGGAAGGACCAUUUUUUUGUAUUC